AUGAACGUUUUUCCAAAUAAACCUUUAAGAUUACUCAAGCGACGUAGCCAAUCAAACAUUUUUGUCAAAACAAAACAUUGUCGUGCGCCCCACGUUUACUACAAAUGGAUCAAAUUCGAUUAUGCAGUCACAGAAUGCUAUACCGACAGCGAUAGCGCUUUCAAAAGUGACUCGACCCCCGUUGGUCCUCGAACUACUUUCAAAUCAGCAACUAAACCAGUUGAGUCACCUGUACCAGUUCCUAGAACGAAAUCAACUGCGAAUGAAGACGAACCGACACAAUAUACGCCUGGCAUAUGUGGUUUAAUUAAUAUCGAACAACCUUUCGAUAGAUUGUAUCAUUGUCAUUCAUGUACAAAUUAUACACAAGCAAAACAGAAGUCAAUGAUUUCCUCACCGUUACUCUCAGUUUUGAUUAUCCAAUUGAAACGUUUUCCCUUUGACGACACAAGUCAGAAGAUCAAUACAUUUGUUCGUUAUAAACUUCAGUACAAGAAUUUAAUAUCGACAAAUGAUGUUUAUCAGCUAUGCGCUGUUUCAUCUCAUCGAAGAAGUUUAGCUGGUGGACAUUAUAUAGCCUUUGCAAAGAAUUAUCAGACGAAACAAUAG